UAUCCUUGAGCAGCCACAACAUGGCCUGUCACUGCAAGUAUCUGAAGAAGAUCUUUUCGAGCUGCUGCUUCUGCUAUUCGCUGCGCAUCGGCACCCUGCUUUUCGGGUGCGUCUUCCUCACGUGGUACGUGUACAUCGUGUUCGGCACCGCCUUCAUGAUGGAGUGCGUCUACCCCAACGAGUACCAGGCGAAUGGACACACCGCCCCGGCCGCCCUCAAGACAACGAUGGUCAUUGUGGCCUCCUCCCUGCUCUGCAUCGGAGUGCAUAAUAACAACGAGAUGCUCUUCACACCCUUUCUGAUCUUCACACCAAUCUGGAUAAUAGUCCACAUAUUGGUCCUGAUCUUGUACAACCUGGUUCUGGUGCUGAUUUUGCUGACAAUUUUCACAUCGGGUGUCUUGAUCUACGCCUGGCUGGUGGUCUUUUCGUACUACGUGGAACUGGUCUACGCCUACGACGAGGAACUGCGUCCCGGCUUUGUUUAGAGCGGCUGACUGGCUUUCUUCAUAUUUCGCUACCAUCGAUUAUUGUUCAAAGUGACCGCCACGAUAAUUAGA